AUGGAAACUUCAGAGUUGGAAGACCCCUCCUCAAUAUACCACGAGGAUGUUCAGCCUGAAUGUCAUCAAGAUGAGGUAGAAGUUCAUCAUGAGGUUGAGUAUGGAGUCGUUUUGGAAGCCACGUUUGCUGUAACGACGGCUCUUGUCCCAUGCCUGACGUUCGGCCAGAUAGCAGAGGUUGUGGACGACGGCAAUACCACAUGCGCAACAAGCGGAUUGCUAUACGGGCUGGUCGCAGCGUUCAGUGGCAUGCCAUGCAUUGUGUCAUGCGCGUAUCGUACAAAGAUUAGGAACAUGUAUGGGCUAGUUGAGGCACCUGCGUCCGACUGGCUCACCCAUUUGUUUUGUGAGCCGUGUGCUCUUUGCCAAGAAUACAAAGAGCUUCAAAGGAGAGGGCUAGACCCUUCAAGAGGAUGGCAAGGAAAUGCGGCAGCCAGCGGCAUGAAUGUGCGAUCGCAUAUGACGCCUCCGGUGAUCAACCACAGAAUGAACUGA